AUGUUUGCAACAAUGCUGAAGAUAUUUGCAAUUAUAGCAGCCCUUUCAGGCCACAUCAGCGGUGUGACAGUGACAGUUCCCCAGAGCACGGUGAACGUCACUGUUGGUGGAAAUGCCACUCUUCUCUGCACAUACACAACAACUGGGUCUGUGGCUUCACUUUUCAUUCAGUGGAGUUUUUACAGUGCCAAAGAGAAACAACCUCAAACACAUUCCCCGUGCCGCAAUAUUCAGAGUACGGAUGAAAAGUCAGUCAAUCAUUGUCAAAAGACGGUGUAUGUGACAGAUGCACGGGGGAGAUGUAGCUGGAAGCACCAGAUCUAUUAUUUUCAGAACGGACAGGCUUAUGAGUAUGGCGAGUUCAAGAACAGAAUAAACGGGACAACAAACCAAGGAAAUGCAUCAAUAACAAUUUUCAACAUGCAACCCUCAGACACCGGGUUUUAUACCUGCGAAGUUUUCAACCCACAAGAUUCAAAUGGACAGAACCAGAAAUCAGUGGCUGUCAGUGUACUGGUCAAACCUUCACAGCCUCACUGUAGCUUACGGGGAACGCCUGAGACAGGCCACCUUGUCUCUCUCUCCUGCUAUUCUGAAGAAGGGAUGCCUGCGCCUAUAUACCAGUGGUAUAAAGUAUCAGGGGAGACCCUCAAACCCAUGACAGAACAACUCAAUACAAAAACUGGGCUUUUGAUUAUUGGUAAUCUCACCACCUUUGAAACUGGAUACUACCGGUGCACAGCUACUAACAGCCUUGGAAACAGCAGCUGUGAAGUUGACUUGACUGCAACACAUUCAGAAGGUGGUCUCAUUGCUGGAGCAUUAAUUGGAGCAAUUCUGGGAGCAGUUGUUAUCUGCAUUAUUGUCUGGUUUUUAACCAAGAGGGAGAAGACAAAGGAGAGAAAAGAGAAAGCAGCAAAUAGUGAAACGCGACCAAUGACUCAGAAACAAGAGGCAAAUGUGGAAUAUGCUAAUAUACCCACCCAAGAAAAUGAGUUUGUUGCCACAGCUACACCAAGCAGAGAAGCUAAUGCAGCCAAUGAAUACUCUACUGCUGCGGAAACUGCUGCCUCUGGAAUGCCUGAAAACGAUGAGAUGCAAGGAGUGGAGACACAAGCAAGAGCCUAAAAAUUAUAUUGCAAUUUCCUUAUCCGCUAUGGACCCCAUCCUCAAAAAUGUUGGUAUUGAAUUAAUGCGGGAAGUAGUGUGGUUAUAACCCACACACCUGCAUUUGUGGUAUUAAUCACAAGGUGGGAGUUUGAAGGUCAUGCCCUCAACUAUCCAAGAAGUACGCAUAUGAUGGCCUCAUUUUUCAAUUUUGUUAUUGCUCUUAUUAACUAUCUAGCUAUGACUGUGUACCAAAUAUGAAUGACAGCAUAGCUAAUGUCUCCAUUUAUCCAACCCAUUUGAGAAUAUUAAUUAUUAAAUGGGUUUGGAAAGACAGACAACAUCGGAGCUUUCUUAUUGGCUGCUGGUGAAGCUAUGUGAUGGCUUGUAGACAUAGGAGUCUCUUUUCUGAAAGAAAACAGUCAUUGCCAGCCAACUGAAGUGUUGCAUGUGCUGAGAAUGACACAGGGCGACUGUCUUAGCAAAUACAUUACAGUAUCUAAGGAGCUGAUCCCGCACCUUGGAAAUCAAUGGGAGUUUGGCCACUGACUUCAACAGGUGCAGGAGCAGACUCUUAGAGCAUGUGUUCAUAUCUGCCUCUAGUAGCCAUCCCCAGCAACAGUAACAGCCUGCCUCUCACUGGCAGCUAACGCAGUUACACCUUUAACUAAAGAAGUACUUUGGUAGGAAUGUUGCUGAAGUUCCUGGGUUCAAUUAUCACUGAUGAUCAAAGUCUGUAUGAAUGGCUCAUUAACCAAAACAAGAGGGUAUCAACAUUUGAGGCAAACUCAGAAAUUCAGACUAAUGAGGUGCUAAUUAUGAUCUGUGCUAUAAAAGAGGGUUUAGUUUUGGCCAACUAACAUUAUUUAUAAAAUUCCGUAUCUACCACUUUGCUGUACUCUAGUGAGUUCUCUUUAUACACACAGACACUUAAUUUCCACAUGCCAUCGUACAAUGUACUCGGCCAUGUUUUUCAGUUUUGUUGCCUCAGUUGAAAAUUGAUUGGACUAGAUGAUGGGGUGAAAUCCUGAACUUGCUGAAGUCAAUGGCAAAAUCUCCAGUGAAGUCAACAGUGCCAGGAUUUCACUCUAGCGGGUACCCAAGCCCAAAUAUCUAAAAUGUCUGGGCCAAAUCUGAAGUCAUUACUCAGAGCUGUCUCUGCAGGAAAAAGUCCCAUUAAUUUUAAUGGAUAUUUUGCCUGAGCAAAGACUGCAGGUUUGGGUCCUUAAAUUCCAUGAUUAUUAGGUUACCUGAAAUUUUCAGUAAUCUUAUUGAAGUUGCCUUGUGAGUAUGACAAAAAACUACAGUACUAAACAAUUUCACUAGGAAAAAAAAAAAGUAAUGAGGCAGUCUGCUCAUGGAUUAAAUGUUUGCUAACAAAAUAUUUCAAGUGAAUUACCAGACAGAGGGAGCCCUCUACCUAGCUAACAGUAUAAACUUUAUUAGUAAAAAUGUUUCCACUGUAAUAGGCAAACCCUAUGUAGCAUUUUGCGCCUCCUAUCAUGCAAAAUACAAGUGAUUUUAUCAGUGACCCUGUUUGUAGCUACAUUUUUUUUUAAACCUGAUUUUCUCAUGUCCUCAGGUUUGAUAUGGACAUUUUAAAAAACUACGUACUGCCCUCUGGCACUAUAAAAUACCAUGGCCUUCAUUUUUAUAUGCAUAUUGUGUAAUCGUACAAAUUAACAUCUCUUCUUGGUUUUCUUCACCUGAUUUCUUUGCUUUUUUUCCUUAACAUAAUUUAGUAAGCUAAGUUACAAGGCAAAGAGGUUACUAUGAUUUCUGCAAUAAUACAGGUCAUUUGAAUAUUCAUGGAACUACUACUAGUCAUACAUUUGCUGAACAUGAAUGGGAUCUGCAGCCUACGUAAAACCAAUUGCAAAUAAAGAGCGCGACAGCAGUUCUCAGUGAAUAUAAAAAGCUAACUUUCUAACACAAAAUUUUCUAAUGCACCUCAUUAAAAAGCUAGAUUGACUGUGGGGGAGGCUUUUCAGACAAAAGUAAGUUUACUUGUGUAUUUUUACUAAAGGAGGUUGAUAUGUUUCUUACCAUUUUGAAAUGCACCCAGAUAUGAUUGCAGCUGAGCUGGCUUCAAACAUAUGGGUUAUUAUGAUGUAGGAUUAUAACUGUGCUUUUGCUUUCCAGUGAACAUCUUGGCAAAUUAAAUAAAAAAAUAAUCAUGUUUGUACAGCACAGAAACCCAUGAAGAGCUGCAUGAGUGGUGGAGGCUAUUUUACAGAACUUUGCUCUGAUGCAGUAGACUUUUUCUCUUGAGUGACCCAACUAUC